AUCUUCCAAUCCAUCUUCUUGUUGCUUUCCCUUCUGGGAUCACACUUCUUCGGCCUGAACUCCAGUUUCUUCUUCUAUUUCUUAUUCUCUUCUCCGUCCCUUCCUUUCUUCCUCUCGUCAUUUGCUCCUCCCUCCCCGCCCGUCCCUCCUCCCACCACCCCCCCAAGCUUAAACCACCGCGUUCUUUGAGAGCGCAGACGGUGCGCCGUGGCUUUGUGCCUGCUUCUGACUCCCGUCAUUCCAUCUUGAUCCAUCGCUCUGCGUCGUGUCUAAUUCCACGACCGGAGUGAGUGUCCUGUCGGACAAUCCAAAGCCAGAUGGCUUCUACCGCCAACUCCAUGUCAACUGCCAACAGUGCGUCUGGCAACCCCGGCAAUGCAUCCAUCCAGAAUCCAAGCGCGAGACCCUCGCUGAGGCCCAGCGCCAGCACCAAGGCGUCGGACGGCAGUCGACGACAGUCGGGCAGUCCUCUCGAUGGGGGACAGAGGUACGUUGCGUUGUCAUGUUCAUUCGUCGCCUGCCAUUCCUUGACUAUCCUAUUUAUUUGCUCUUGCUUCUUGAUCAACUUUCACCGCCUGUUCCCCGGCAGACCGUGGCUGCGGGAUCCCCUUGCCUUUUCUUUUUGAUGCUUGCGAGGCUCAAUCGAUUCUUCCAAUUGGCUGUUUUCUUCGUUUGCGUGGUCUUUCUUGUUUCUUAGCUUUUUUUUUCUUGAUGUUCAUGCUCUUUCCCCUUCAUACAAUCCUCUGUGCGUCUCGGAGCUUCAUGCUUCCGGCUUUAUCUGUGCGCAUGGACCAAUCGGGUUUCCCUGCAAUCUAGACCGCAGCACUUACCAGGGCCUUGAAUGCACUCGAACUAACUCUCGCCUCUUCCCACGCAGGCGCAGUAACUCCCAGCGGGCGUGGACCCAGGGCACAAAUCCGAUUACCCAGAGAUCUUCGUACACGCAGCAGAACGGAAAUAUGUCUCAGAAACAAUCUCCUUCCCCCAGACCGACUCCCAAGGAAUCGAACACGCCCGAUAACCAUGCACACGACCGCCUCGUUUUCUUGGUCACCAGCUUUAUUGGUUUGACUGCGACUAUCACCACGAAAAACGGAGACAAAUUUACUGGAAUCUUUUCAUCCUCGUCUCUUGAGCCGACCGACUCUUCCUUUGCCCUUAAGAUGGUACAGCGGCAACAAAAUAAAGAGCAACAGCGGACAAAUGGAGUGAGUGAAACGGCAAGCCCGUAUAUGGGAACGGUACCCGAUCACACGGUAUCGUUUGACAUACGGGAUGUGGCAGACAUCGCGGUUGCCAAUGUCUCCACCUCGGAAGUCAUUGCGAAGCCUUCUAAUGGCGCCUCGAGUGGUUUUAGAACCGACGCUGAUAUUUCCGGAAACCUGGCGAUGCGUGAACGGACAUUGAAACGGUGGGAACCCGCUGCAGACACGGACGUCGACUUGUCGCUGGAAGGCACAUCGGCGUCGGCAGGCUGGGAUCAAUUCGAAGCCAACGCUCGACUCUUUGGUGCCACCAGCAGCUACGACGAGAAUAUCUAUACCACUCGGAUCGAUCGAUCCGACCCGACUUAUAAGCAGAAGGAGCAAGCCGCCGCUCGUAUCGCUCGCGAGAUCGAGGGCGUCGAGACGGAUAAUGCUCAUAUGCGGGAGGAACGAGGGCUGGCCACGGCCGAGGGCGGUGACGAGGAAGACAAGUACAGCGGUGUCCGCCGUGAUGAAAAGAACUUCCCCCCCUUGGUGUCGGGACAGCCAAACAAGUAUACCCCGCCUGCACGCCGCCAAGCUGCUGCGGCCACCAGCGGAACUCCAGCCGCCGCACCGCCCAAGGAACCUGUUAAACCGCCGGUGCAGCCCGUCGCGCCCGUGGCUUCGACGAGUGCUGCCGCCGAUGCAGAACAGAAGACGGUCCCUGGCAAAUCCUCGCCAGCUGCCAAUGCCACCCCGAAGCGUGCCGCCGCGGAGAAUGCUUCUGCGAACGUGGAAACGGAAGUGCUGGAUCAUUUCCGACAAUUCGCCAACACGGAGAAAAUGAAGAUGCAGGAACGCCGCCGGAACCAAGCCUCGCUUGAGAGGAAUGUCAAGCUGAACGAGCUGAUGAAAUUCUCGCAGAAUUUCAAGCUUGGUACGCCGGUCCCCAAGGACUUGAUCCCGAUUCUUGCCAAGGACCCUCAGAAGCAGGAACAGAUCGUACAGCGGGCUCAGCAGCAUGUGGGCGACAAGCCUACAUCCAAAUCGCCUCCCACGACCGCCAGCACCGAGCAGAAGCCUGCUGGUCGUAGCUCCGGUACCGCCCGUCACGACGGUGGAACGCUGCCCGCAGCGCCAUCUGAACGACCGACCUAUCCUCGCGGGCGUCAGAUGUAUCCUCCCGCCGGUCCACACGCCGGUCCCGGUGGGCGACUGCCACACCAAGCCAUGCAGCAACAGGGCCGUCAGGCGACUGGGAUGCUCGGCCACCGCCUGGCCGACAAUCUUCAGCAACGGAAGGGGGCUGCUAUGGGAUCAGUCCCGGCGCCUCUGCCCAUCAACGAUGCCCGCUUGCCCCCAACCGGACCGGCCGCUGAUCAGCCAAGCAUCACCAGCCCGCACAAGGCGCAGACUCCGACCUCCGCCGCUUCGACCAAAUUCAACGUUCGGGCCUUGGAGUUCAAGCCUAACCCGGCCGCCAGCACAUUCACCCCCGGUGCCUCGUCGAACUCCUCGCCGUUUGUUCCCGGUCGCUCUGUAUCCCGCGCUACCAGCCCGUCGGCUUUCUUUGGCGGGAAGAAGCUGCGGCCCCUCGCUGAGCGCCCGUCUCUCAACGACCAGUUCAACCCCAUCAAACGGAUGAGGAAAGAAAGCACGGAACAGGCGGACAAGGACUAUGCCUUCAAUGGCGGCAUUCCUCCGGCAUACAAGACCCUCCCAACCUGGGACGUCGCCGAAGGGAACGAAGACAAGACGCAUGAUCAGAUGUUCAAGGCGCCCGUUGUCUCGCCCCAGAAUCGUUCGGCAUCGAACCCUCAGGUUCCUCAGCAACCACAGAUGCCGUUCCAAUUCCCGCAGGCGACGCCGGGUAUGCCCCCUACCUCGGGCCCGCCUCAUGGACCUCACCUGCAUCCGCAACAGCACCACGGAUCGGGCCCGCCUCAUUAUGAUGACCCGCACCGGAUGCAGAUGUCUGCAUCGACCUCGCAAAUAUUCCCCUCCCCGCGUCUUCAGCCCGGCUAUCCGUCUCCUAUGGCGCCGCAUGCCCAGCUUGCGUUCGGUCAGCCGGUACCGCAAUUCUAUCCAACCCCCCCGCAGCCGACUCCCGCCAGGCACUAUCCGGGGACCCCUCAGUUCAUGAACCCGCAAGCCGCCAUGGGUGGCGCGCCCAUGAUGGUCCAGCAACCUUCCAGCGGGCCUUACAUGGGUGUUCCGCAAGGCAUGGCACCGUACACGCCUCAGAUGCAAAUGUAUUCGCCUAACCCUAGCCAUGCUUAUCCACAACACGCCCCCCCUCAGCCGCACAGUGGCUAUCCAAGCCCGAGUCGGGGUGCCCCUAUGAUGAUGCAUCAGAAUUCCCAACCCGGCCAGCCUCCACAGCCGGUCAUGUUUAUGUCUCCCGGCCAACAUGGACAGCCUGUUUAUCCCGGCCAACAGCCCGGGCACAUGCCACCGGUUCGGGGAAAUUAUCCUCAACAACAGCAACAACCGCAUUUCCAAUCUAGCCCUCAUCAAGCGCAUCAUUACCCACCCCAUCAACAUCGCACGCCCAGCAAUGGCUAUAAUCAAAUUCCUCAAAUCCCACCUCAGGCCGCCUCCCAGCCACCACCCUCCGUUGCCUCUGGUCCACAGGCCCCCGAGGCUGCCGACGAGGCGAAAUGAAUGCGACAACCCGGGCCUCCAUAGUGCGCCAGACGCUCUCGUUCAUUGGCCUCGGAAUUGAAACGGUCAUGGCCCGCGCGAGCGAACUGAACCCUGUCUAGCCGCACUGCGAAACAACGGCCCCCUCAUUCUCUGUUCCCCAGUGGCAGCAAUUCCAGUCUCACGCUCACUUCUCACUGCACGUUUCUCUUAUUUUGGAAGGUAUUUGUGCCUUGGAGGUCUGCGACUACGCUGGUUUGUACAGUGGGUAACCUUCCGCACUGCUGCUGCUGCUGAUCCGGCAUCUGAUACUCCCACUGGCUGCAUAUUCUCCAGUUACCCCAUCAUUUUAUCGACUGUUCGCCUCGGAUUGAGACUGGGACCGGGAAUUCAAUUUCCCUCAACCUGUCACAAAUCACUGGACUGGCCGUUCGUGCAGCUUUAACGUUUUUACAGACUAUCGCAUUGGUCGGUGAUUCUGUUAACUUUGACCUUGCUAUACUAUACACCACUUCAAGCGGUCUAUGGGUUGGCUCCAGCGAAUGGAAACUCCCAGCGAACUACAAGAGCUCCGUCCACGUCCGUGGAAUGGUAUAUGCUAUCAUGUUUGGGGAGAUUCUUUGAUACUUUUUGUUCCAUUUAUGUUUUUCUUUUCUCGUGUAUUUCUUUUGGCCUAUGAUGGGUCCACUAGGGCAAUGAUUUUCCGGCAACGGGUGCAGGGAGGUAGUGACUGACUUGCUUGGAGAACGAUCUGAUGCUGACGGCGAUAAGUGACUUUGUUUCAUGUCAAUGGGUGGCCGGUUGCAGGUACUUUGACCGGGCAUUUUCGCAAAGGCUUCUCGGGGGACUUUCUGCGUCCUUCGAGAGAAUUGGGCGUUAUACAAUUAGUAUAGACGAGUAGUUGCUAGUGGACGGGGAGCAAAGGAAUGCGCUAUCUCAAAAUUCACCAUAGUCUAAUGAUCUAAGAAACUCGCAUUGUAAAGCGUGCAGUUGAGCUAUAGGGGAAUGGAGAAUGUCCCCGGCGCUGAGAGGGUGUCUGAAAAUCUAUUUCUGAGAAGUGGUUAGCAGGAGAAGUAACCAAUAUCCUUGCGGGCAUUUUUGGGGUAAAUCAAUUAAAGCGUCUCCUCAGGUCUUUUCAGUUUUAUAGUUGGUCGUCAUCCAGCCAAAACGCACGUCGCGGCCGCGGUACUAUACAGCACCCAUCCAGAGUGCCAGCCGUCGAGACCCAGUCCAGAAUUGUCGAUUCCACAACCAUCCUACCAAAACCAAGACGAAGCCCAGCACUCGUUUCCGACCUCCAGUCCCCUCCGCGCAUCAUUUCCAUCCGCAGUAGAAUCCCUCGCCCAACCGAUGUUUGCCACAGCCAUUAGUUUCUGAAAUUCCUCAUAGAGACAAAGCGGACCAGAAACCCCAAAUUGUGGCGCCUGCGGACCGUACGGCCCUUGAUAUACACAUGUCUUCCCAAGGUCUGUCACGCCGAGAGUCUCGCGGCGAAGUGACCCUCGUGCCUUUUAUUCAAGUCAUGUGCCUGCAUAGCUAUAUUGGAAGAAAAACGAUGACGAACAGAAAAUGAAGGACUUCGCGAGCGAAAGACAUCCACCUUGAUCGACGCUAUGGAGGCGGGAUUCGAGCGGACUCUGGCUGGGGGUGAACCUCUUCGGCUGGGCUGGAUAGGCAGUUCCUUCGGUUUUGGUGCGACGUAUCGUUUGGACAGCGCGGUCUGACCUUUUACCAGAUUCACAUCAUAGGAGACGCAUUUUGGGG